AUGUCCAUUUUGAGAUGCCAAAAGACAACAACUACCAAGAGCGCAAUAAUACCAAACUUCCUCGCUGAUACACCUUUGGUGCCUGAAAACGAGAAAGUGCCGUCUUCACCAUCACUUGAAGAAUCUUCAUCGUCGUCUUUGUCUUCCGGUACAACAUUUUCACGUCCUGGGAGAUACCCUGUCGUAGAAGUUCGCAAUUGGUCACACCAUGAUUUCAUGUUCUCGCUUACUCUUUCAGCUGUCGCAGAAGUUUUCAACUCGCCACACCAUGACUUCAGACUAUCCGUUGCUCUUUCAGCCCCGGUGGAAAAAUUCCCACCCAAAGCCAUCUUCUCUCUGCCACGACGAAUGAUACGCUUGCAGCCUGUGUUUCAGACCGAUGGCUCAUUGAUGAGAUGA